GAGUGAAGACGCUCGUUGUCUCUUAACAGCAGUAAAAAAAAAAUUAGAAAAAAAGUAAUUAACCAUAUUCAGUGCAAAUAUCAGCAAAAAAUCAAGAAAACUAAUCAAGUGCAGUCAAAUUUGGUAGAAAUUGAAUGUGAUUUUUGUAAAAUAAGGCAUCUAGAGUAAGGAAUCUAGGUAUAAAAGUAUUAUUGCGACGUAAAAAAAUAAAUUACGCUUGUUCGUUCGUUCAUUCGAAACAGAGAAUACAAAUAGAGGACAGCUGUACGCCACACACGAACGACAAACAGAAAAAAGGUUUUCUUUUUCUUUGUUAAUGUGUUAGCGACGCCAUUUUGUUUUUACGUCGUCAAAAAUAAAAAAAAACGCAAAUUGCAUUCAAUCCCAUUAAAAAAAGACAAAAAUCAGAGCAAAUUACGCAAAAAGCAUACACGAACAUUCUAGAAUUUUGUACGGAGCAAAAAAAAAAGGGAAAAAAAUUCAGUGCAUUUUUUAUCUUUUGUGAUACACAGUGAUAAGAGAAUUUUGUAUUUUUCAAUACAAUUAACGGUAAAAAAAAACUAAAAAAAAAGAGAAAGCUAACGUUGCAUUUUCAUCGUAAUCAUGACCAAUUCGCACAACAAAAUUAACAACAACCAGUAUCGGGGCUCGCCGAAGGGCGCUUCGCCCACAGAUCGGUUCUUCAACAACAACAGUCCGCCGUACUUGAGCAAUAACGGACGCCAGAAAAGCAGCAACAACAAUAGACAGCAACGUUCCCCCAGUACAAAGUAUUUUAGUAGCCAACCAUCGAGUAACAUUUGCAUAACACCAAACAAGUAUCAGCAACGUAGUAAUAAUAAGACGAGCAGCAAUCGUUCGCCAGCAUCGCCGGCUGUCUUGGUGCUCGGCAGUUCUCCCUUUUCCUCCGGCACGGCAGCGGGCUCGCCGCCAAAUUUCUCGCACUUUGCAUCGAGCAAAUGCUAUGACGCGCCAUUACCCACCUCUCUACCAAAACCACCAACCCAUUGGACGUCGUGUUCGCAAGAGGCCCACAAACAAGGUGCCAAGAAGUUUGACAUCUUCUCGCACAACCUCAAGUCCAUCCUAAAUGUUCAGGCGUAAAAAACACUCAAAAUUCUCUUCUUCUCCACGUAAUUGUAAAAAAAAGCAUCCGAAACUUUUUAAAAACCAUAACAAUUUCCGUUCAACUUCAAAAUCCUUCGUCGUCAUUCGUCGGUGUCGUUCAACAACGCAUAUGCGCAACAAACAAAUCUACCCCCUGUAAUGGCAUCGGGUUUCUUGCCCGUAUUUCACUCAAACAACCAUCAUUGGCACCAAUACUUUACAACUCUCGACUCGACUCGCUGGUUAAUGUUGCAACAACGGCUCGUCGUCGUCGUCGUCGUCGUGUAGCAGAAUGUGUAAAAUGAAAGACAGUGUCUGAAUGUAGUAAACAGGUCUGUUUAUUCUGGAAAACACACAAAAUUUUCAAAUCAGACAACAAGACUACUCAUUUUGCGUCACGUUACUCACGCACGUCAAGUAUCGCGUCGUCAUUGCCAUUCAUUGCGAAAUUCACGUCAUCAACCAUAGUUGAGUCAUAGUCACAUAUACAAAAAAAAAUUAUAAUUCCACUGUUAAAAAUUUACCCUUCAUACGGAACGACAAAAACGAAAGACAACAAGUUCUAUUUAACUUUUUGAACAUUUUUUUUUUUCAAUUUGAAUUGUAACAAUAAUAUUUUUUACAUAAAAAUAAGUCAAUGUUUUAAAUUUUCAAAUGAUUUUUUUUUCCUUUUUACUAUUAAACAUUUUUUUUUAUUAUGUAUUGAACACGACAAAAGUAACUAUUACAUUAUAAGUAAACCCCUUUUUAAAAUAUAAAAUACGUGUAUGUACAAUUAUUAUGUAUAGAGAACAAAAAAAAGAAGAAAAUAAGGCGAACUUAUUCGUUAUUUUGAAUGAUGAAUGCUCUGAUAAAUUUAAAUUUAAAAAAAAACUGAAUAUAAGAUUUAACGAUGAUGACCUAGGCAAUAUGAUAACAAGGCUAUAUGGUUCAAGAAACAAACGAGACAACACAAGAUGAAUUAUAUUGAAUUUUAAUGAUAUAUAAUAAAUAUAAAUAAUAAAAAAAAACAUAUAUAUUUGGACAAACAAAAGUAAAUAAAUGAGAAAUUGUAAAGUGUAUAGAGACAGGCAAUUUUUGUUAGGUAGGGAAAGGAAGAUAGGGAAUUUUAGUUUUGAAAGGAAUCAAAGGCAAGGGACUUAACAUUGGAAUUUGGCGCCAUAUUAAAACGAGACACCUUUUAAUUUUUGCAUAAAUUCAGGUAUUAAAUUUUGUUAAACAUAUAUUUUAUAAUUAUAUACAUUCAUUAUACAUAAUAUUAUAUAUAAAUGUAUAUAUUAUUUAAUAUAUAUAAUUUUUCGAUAUAUAAAUUUAAAUAAUUAUUAAUUUUUUUUCACAUGUUGUUUAAAUUCACUCAUAAUGAUCAAAAAUAGUAACUUUCAUUUUUUUUUAAAUUUUAUCAAGUUUAUAACUCGCUUUUGUAUGGCUGCUAAAUUAUUGGGAUUUUGACGCAAGACGUGUAAGCCUUUCCUAAAUAAAUUUUUAAGGUUUCGCUCGUGUGUCGAAACACACUCAAACAAUGAUAUUUAUAGGGAUUUCUAAAUAAGAAAGAAAAAGGAAAGGAAAGUUAGUUACGCAAGCAACGAGAGAAUAAAAAAAGGUAGAAGAAUUUUUUUAAUGAAACUCGGAUGAAAUUGGAAUUAACAAAAAUUAAAAAAAAGAAAGAAAUGAAAAAAGAAAGGUUUUUCACACAGGUUAGAAGAUUAUUAGUUUUAAGGUAAAAACAUGUAAAUUUAAGUUCAAACUUCACAAUAGACAAACAUUUAUUAGCGCAGACACAUUAUAAAGAAGGAUUUAAUUAUUAAAUUAAAUCGUGAAAAAUUAAACACACACAUUUUUAAACUGCAGUACAAAGCUCUUUAAUUAUGAUAGAUUUGAAUGUAUAAUCGUGCGAUAU